CGCGUGAGCAGACAGAUCUGCAGUGAGAAAAGGCCAGAAGGCUGAGUCAGAUCCCCAGUUGACCAUCCCCGCCGAGUGUCACUGGGCCCCACGAAGAGAGAGACGCUCGCCCGGUCCAAGCAGGGCAGCCCGUUCCCCACACACAAAUCAUGGGCAACCUGACGAGCGUGCCCUGCAUCCCCAUCGCCAAGGACGCCGUACCAUUCACUGCAUGUACGCACACACAAACAGCAGUGCACUGCAGUGCAUCGCUCAUGGGGGCGUGCGAGGGCCUGUCUGUCUUCCUGUGAUGCAGGGAGUGUUGAGUGUGUGGAGGAGCUGGUGGGUUAUGUGGCUGACAACGAGGAGGGCUCCUUCAGACUCACCAAGUGGAGGAUGCUCUCCGUCCUCGGCAGCCAACACCUUGUGGAUGUCAACAAGUGAAAGGCUUCCUGCCACUCAAUGGCUCUCUCUCUCUCUCUGUCUCUCUCCGUGCGCGUCUGUUCAGUUUGUUUACCUUGUAUGAGCCAGGGUGUGUGUCUGGUGCCGUCAACGGCCUAUCCGUGGCGACCGGCCUGCUGCUCACCAACCGGCACAUGUCGGUGGCAGAGCGCACCCGACGGUGCCUCGCAAUGUUUGACUGGAACAACCGGUCCGCAUCAGGGAGAGACGCUUUCAUGAACGCCAGCACGUGUGUGUCUCUGCAUGUGACAUGCGAUCAGGGGAGGUCUGGACGCGAUGGAUUUGGCUAUGCUGAUCCGGACGGCGUCCCAGGCGGUGACGGCCCUCACACAGGGGUGUCUGCAUGAGGUGACAGACGAGCAGGUGGCCAGGUGGUGCGCACUGGCUGUGCCCGACAGCCAACUCCCAAUGCCCAUCAGGCAGGCAGUUGUGCAUUCAGUAGCCACACCCCUUCGCUCAUUCACUCGGAACAGCCUUUGCCGAUUCUCUGUCUGCGUUGCGUAUGCAGUGGUCUUGAGGAGUGGGCAGCCGAGAAUGAGGACAUCUGCAUGUUCUUUGGAAAGUUGGCAUUCUCACAGCAGGUACGGUGCCUACCCACGGGGAUUGGGUGUGUGAGCCCUUCCGCUAUUUUGCCUGUCCAUAUGUCUGUGUAGGAUGCGGAGGCCAUCACGCUGGCCUCUCGCCAGGCCGAAGAAGAUCGGUUAGUACCAUGAUGCUUAAUGUGCUGUCGCUCAGAUUCCAUCUCUUUCGUGUGUCCUCAUCUGUGUGCAGCGCAGCACAGGAAGCCGCGGCGGCAGCAGCAAUAGAGGAGGAGCAGAUACAGGUAUCCAAAGAGCCAAAAGGCGUACUGAGCGUCGACCCACACACAGCCCAUGUGUGUGUCUGUACAUGUCUAGGAGCCCCCCGAUGCACACAAGGAGGGCACUCGGCUGCGUGAAGUCCAGCAGCAGCCACACAUGGCCGAGGAGGGGCAGGGGAUCGUCCCUGCUGAUGCAGAGGGAGAAGAAGUGGCGGCGAGCCAUGACUAUCUGGAAGGCAUGUACCGCAUCAAGCUUGAUGCCGACAAGCUGAGGGCAUCACUCGAGGCAGCCAACCAAGAUGAGAAAGAGAGACAUGAGGUGAGAUCAGCUGCUCUCUUCACCCACACACACAUCCAUCCAUCCAUCCACUCUCAUCCGUGUGCGUGUUUGUGUGUGCAGGUCGAGAGCCGCAUAUCGGCGUUUAGAGACGCCCUCGCAUCCAUGAGAGCCACACUAUCCUCGCACCAGCAGGCCCUGCCCACUCUGCCGGCAGAGACACUGCCCACCCUGCACACACUCACAUCUCUCCAUGCCUUUCUGCUGCCAAUCAUGGACUCCGCCCUCACACACGACCUCUCAUCUGUGCCAAAUGAGAGCGAAGGUGGUCAUCAGGGCGUAAGUGUGGCUGUGGGACACGUGGUUGGCGUGGCGAGGGAGAUGCGCGUGCUCCGGUGCGUGUGCGCCGCGGCCAAGAAGGCCUAUGGGAAAGUGCAGUCGGCCAUCUAUGACGGUCGGUGAGCUGACAGGAACACAGAGAUGAGGGCAUUACCUGUAGUGUCUUUCGUGUGUGUUGUAUCCCUCAGCGAGUGCGCUCAAGUCAGCCGAGGACGCACUCGGGUCGUUCCUCACCUCCCACCCCCCUCACACAGAAGUAGUAGAUGAGGGCAGUAGGGAUGACACUGAUAGCGAUGUGCGGGGGGCCCUGAGCAGCAGACUGACCCGCCUGCACACACUCAAGAUGAGGACACUGCAGCAGCUCUACCUGCUCACCACGGUGAGAGAGAUAUGACUAGGUAUGUGCAGCGAUCCAUUCGGCGUCUCGUGUGGCUGUGGUGUGGUUGACAGCAUCAUGAAUCCCCAAGAGAAGAGUUGAAGAGGUUAGUCACCUGUCUCUGUCUGUGUCUCUGCGCAGUCAAGAGGCACUCACUGUGUACACGCGCUUUCCUCUUUUUCUGCAGGUCUCUGUGUCGCGUGCAGUGCGCUAUCGAUCAGUGUGCCCACCUUAUGAAGGACGACCAGGGCCUCAAUCCCGAUAAGAAGCAGGCCGUUUCGCGCACUCACAGCGAGGCACAGACACUGCAACAGAAGACGCAAAAUAAGGCACGUUUGCAAGAGAGAGAGAGAGAGAAACAUACACUGCGCCGCCUGUUGUUUGCAGAUGAGCUCUUUGUGUGACAUUGUGGGUGCCUUGGGGGACUACUUCGAUGAAGAAGACGAGAUAUGGAGCGAUCCCGACCCAGACAGUGUCACAAUCCGGCUCAAACAGAGGCUUGCCGACAUCAGGAAGCAGGAAGAGUGAGCAGAAGCACACAGUGGAGCCAAUAUGCACGUCAACCUGUGUGGCUGUGGAUGGCUGUUGUGCGUGUAGGUGUUUUCGCUCUCUCUUGCCCGAGAUUGUAUCGUCCGAGUCGGAUCCACAGAUGGUGCAUGAGGAGCUCAAGAGGAAAUACGGUAGUCAAAUAGCGAGACAGAGACAUGGGAUGGAGAUCGUUCUGUCUGUGUGUGUGCGUGUGUGCAUCUAGAUGACCUGUGUGCGCGUCGUGUGACGGCCGACAUCCACUCGCACAUCCAUGAGCACGACGCCAAGGCACUCCACACAUACCUCACGUACGACAAAUCAGACAGACACACACGGACAUAUGUGCCCUGAUAUGACGCAGUGCGUGUGAGGGUGCCGUGUUGGCGACCGAGGCGCUGUCGGCCGUCACCUCAUCCCUCGCCGCGUGUACGUGUGUUGCAAUGAAGAGGGCAACGAAGGUCUGUCUGUAUUUCGUGUGUGGGCCUUCAGCGUCGCCGUUGGACGUGGAGAUGGCACGUCUCGAUGCUGCACAGUGGAUAGACACGUACACACGCCCACCGCAAGUCACAUUCAUGACAGACAGACACAGACGUCGUGUCUCUCUCUUUCUAUCAGUCCGGCCAUAUCUGAGAUGGCCACACUUCACGAGACGCCAGACUACCGCGGUUUCAGUGCCGUUCCCUUCUCAAGUGUAUGUCACACUCCCGUGGACACAUGUGCGUGUUGCGACUUUGAAUGCAUCUCUUCGUCUGUCCGUCCAUCAGGCAUUUCCCCGCCGUGUGUUGGAGGUCGCCCGCUCACUGUGGCGAGAGGUGGAGCAGCACGGGCGGGGAUGCACAUGGAUACAACAGCAGUCCACACCAUCACCAUCACCGCCAGUACCACCACCACCACCAGCAGAAGCGACCCCAGAAGACACAGACGGCACAGAGCAGCAGCAGCCACAGCAGGCCGCUGAUGAGAGUGUACAGCAAGAUGAAGAGGGAGCAGCACAGCCACCACAGGGACCACAAGCACACGAGGAGGGUGAGAUUGAGGGUGGUGGUGAGGAAGAGCCAGUGCAUGAUGAGCCGGCAGCUGAGGUGGAGCCGCCGGUGCAUGAGCCCGUCGAUGUGGGCGAGAUGGACAUGGCCAGGGUGUUUGAGGAAAUGACCAGACGACUCAUGCUGACUGCAGUGGAUGACACUGAGGCUACACACGACGGCAAUGAGAUGCCGUUCAAAAGGUGAGCUGGGCGAGAAAAGCUCUUACAUGGCUUGUGUGGACCAAUGAACGCCGUGUGCGUGUGUCGGCCAGUGCGUGGCGAUUGUCAUGCCGGGCUGUGAUGGAGCAGCUGUGCGCGGAUACCCCCGAUGCUGCUACGAUCCUCAACACACUCGAAGACGACACACAAGCUGACGACACACAGCAGGUAGCACACUUAUUCCUGUCUCAUCUUCAAUCUCUGCCUGUCUUUGUGAUGGCGGGCAGGGCGUUGUCGACUCCAUCACAAACCGCGCAGCGGAGGCAAGAGGCAAGGCCACCCUGCGAGCGGCAGUCCAGCACAUCAUAGGCGAUGCCGCCACAUUCCAACAGGUAGGUAGCACACCAAUGACAGAGAGACAACUGGCGUGUCCUCGUGUCUGCAGGGCAUGUCGUCGAUAGAGAAGUUUGUGGAGGACUUCUAUCUGCUGUCUCUCCGCUUCACACCCACCGCACCCAUACACCCAUACCUCUCAGCCACACACAGCAACGCAGACGGCAUCGUCGGCACCCCUUCGGGAGUGAGUGGUGAGAAUGGGGGUGCGGUGGAUAUGGUGAAGGACCCUGCUGUGUCGCUUGCCAAGUGUGCCGGUCAGAAAAUAAUGUGGAAAGAAAGAAAGAAAGUGAGUCUGCCUUUAUGCUAAAUGAACGGAUGCAGGCAUGUAUGCGGGAGUGGAGUGUGUGAGGGAGUGCCAUGGCAAAGGUGCGCUGGCACCAUACGCGAGACACACGCAUGAAUGGAUGGAUGGAUUGGUUGGCCACGUAUUCCUUUGCUCUCUCAGACGUGGCGGAUGUGCCCACACGCAGACGACUGAGGGAUAUGCAAAGCGUGAGCAACGAAGCUGCGUUAAUGCCUCUGUCUAUCUGUCUGUCUGUCUGUCUGUCUGCAGGAGUACAUGUGCAUCAUGCGUGUCAUGGAGCAUCACCUGACCACCACAGAGAUCGCCUUCGUCACCAACACCGCCAAGCACAACACAGGCGACGCAAAAACCAUCAACACGGAAACGUAACACAGAAAGACAGAAAAGAAGUCUAGAAGCGUGCAAAAUCCUGUCCUCUGCCUUUGUCAGCAUCUGCAGCAUAGUUGAACAAUUGGAGUCGAUCAUCGAGCAGCUGUUUGCCCCCGACACCCAUCACCUGAUCAGCGCUCUCUCUGCUGACACGGCGAUCGCUGAACAUGAUGGCGGAUGGGCCAGAGUCAUCAGUGCCGUGGCGGGCGGCAUGGCCGUGGAGGGCGAAAAGGGAGGAGGAGAAAACAACAACAACACAGGAGACACAGACGUCACGCUGGGCAAAGUGAUCACUGACGAAACGUCCAUUCAAGUGAGAUGGAGAGGGACGGGAGCACACAGAUGGCUGGAUGAAUGUGUGUGUCGUGCCUUUGUUCUCCUCACAGUCGAUGGCAGACGGCCUCCCUUCUUCGCGUGGCACAGUGGCUGAUUUCUCCCUCUGGUACAUGCGCACCCUCGCACACAGCAGGGGCAUCGACGACAGCCAAGUCAUGGCGGCGAACGAUGCACUCGCCAAACACGCAUCUGCCACGCGAAUAUGGGUGGGUACAUGAGCUGCUCCAGCCACCCUUGAUGGAUGGAUGGAUUGGUUCAUCAGGUGGCGUCGCACAUUCGUGCCGACGUCCUGGGCGAGAUACUCAGAAGGAACGCCAACACAGAAACGGUGCAGAAAGGAACAGGAAUCAUGUGUCCAUGUGGAUCUCCUUGGCCCUCGACAGAUAAGGCGUGCGGCCAUGAAGAGGGCCUCCUUGCGGUGGCUGGAUCGGUUUGCCAAUACGCAGAUAUUCGAAGCCACUGUGAGACACACACAGACACAGAGAGAGGCAAAUGACAGUGAGUGUGCAUGGGGAUGGAUGUGUGUGUGUGUGUGUGUGUGUGUGUGCACAGCGAUGGUCGAUCGCCGAGUAUCGCUGCGCGGCCGUCGACACGCAGCUGACAUUCAUCCAGCCCCUCAGCGCACUCACAUUCAACGAGAUCGAACAAGUGAGUCAGUCGGACUGUCCGCCCACUCAUCCACUUGUCCACAUCCAUCUGCACGUACAUAGGACGAGUUGUCGAGGCGUGAGCAGGUCCUCACAGACGAGCUCGAGUCGCUCACCAAAAAGGCUGGCGACCUCACCGAUCCAAACGGACACCGGCAGCGGGCAUACAGGAGCGAAGAGGAGGACGGUCUGCGGGAGGGCGUCGCGCUGUGGCAGUCGCUCAAAUUCCCAUACGUACGUGCGGCGUCAGGACACGAGACACACGUGUGUGUUGGGCCUCAACCGAUGUGCGCAGGACGGUUGCCCUGUGGACGUGCUGGCGAUGCAGCUGAGGGGCUGGCAGCCCAUCGACACACGAGACCGGCCCUUGCAGCAGCACAUGAUUGGCAUACCCACUGCAGUGAUGCUCACCGAUAACAUGCGGUCAGUCAAAGGGAUACACAUGUCGAAAGCAGUGAGUGUGUGUGGUUUGUCUGGUGUGUGUGUGUGUGUGUGUGCAGGAAAAUGGCUGAGGUGUGUGGGGGGCUGAGUGCGGUCAGAUGGCUGAAGACGGCUCUCCUUCCACCAGCAGCACAAGACACUGCCCCGUGAUCGAUGAUAUGUCACUCGAUGUGUGUGUGUGUUGGGGUAAAAACAUAUGUGUCGCCAUGCUUCUUGCGUGCAGUACGUAUCUCUCUUUGGCGGGAUGUAUACGUGUGUACGUCUCUACAUGUAUCCGUCCAGCCAGCCAGUCAUUCAUUCAUUCAACAAAUGAAACAUGGGCAA